AUGUGCAAAUUUAUUUUAUUAUCAGCUGCGGCAGUUUACUAUUUUACAUGGCUAUUAUCACAAAUGUUUAAUUUCGACAAUUCAUUUCUGUUCCCAAUCCCAAGCGAGUACGCCAUAUUUUUACCAAUUUUCCUACUGAUUAUAGCAUUUAUGCUAGUAGGCACAUUACUUGGGCUUCUCUUACUUGCUAAUUCUGAGGAUGACACAAAGGAGAAGGAAGAUUAA